CGUGCAAAAACGCACGGCAAAGGGUUGCCACACACGGCAAAGGCGUCGUUGCCGUGCAGGGGCACACGGCAAAGGCCGAUUGCGCUCGGCAAAGCCGACGUGGCGCUCGGCAAAGACUUUUGCUCGGCAAAGCCGACGUGGCGCACGGCAAAGGCGUGCACUCGGCAAAGGCGUGCACUUUUAGGUCGGGCCGGAUCCGACCAGCGCUACCUUACCCAUUCGCCAACACCCACAUCGCGCCCCCGGCCCUCCCGACGCGCCGCCACCUCGCCGUGCCCAUCGCGCCCCCUGCCGACGCGCCGCCACCUCGCGCCGCCACCUCGCGCCGCCUCGCCGUGCCCUCCUCGCUUCGCCCUCGCCCCGCACGCACGCGCGCACCGGCGGCGCGCGCCUCUCCAAGGCCGCCGUAGCUCCCGCCCCAAGUUCUUCUUGCGUGGCCGCCGCCGCCCUGCACUGCCGCCGACACGCAGAUCUCCUCCUCCGGCGUUCUUCCCAUGCCCGCCGGCCACGCCGCCCUGCACUGCCACCGCUGCUGCUGAGCUCCUUUUCGCCCUUCACUUCCUGGGCGGCAAGGUGAGGAGCAACUCCAAAUUUGUGCUACCAAAUUGUUAACAGAUAGUUUAGUUGCUACAGCCUAGGGAAUUUGAUAUUGGUACAGAUCAAGUUGCAAUGAUAUUGCCGUGAAGUGAUUUGGGGAAAGUGAGUAACCUGUCACUUGUGUCAUGCGCAUUGGGAAGAAUUAGAGCAGCUGCCGAGCUGCAGUAGAAAAAUUAAAGAAAUAGAGGGCUAGAGGAGAUGAGGAAUUCUAGACUGAGUUUCCGAGUCGCCGCUGCAACUUUUCUGGCCUCUUGCCGGCCUGCGUCUGCUGUUUGCCCAGGAAUUGCAGAUUUGGGACGGGGUCUGGGCGGCGGGCGCCCGCACGCGCUACUUUCUGCUGUACAGUUGUCGGAUCAAGUCUCUCCGGCAGUCCGCCUGCUACCUCAGCCGCUCACGCACCGGUUCAUGUUAGGUCGGCAGUUGCCCUAGCUAGCGGCCUAGCGCCAUUGAUGCCCUCGAGAAGAAUCAAGGAGAAAAAGGAUGCGACGAAUGUAUCGGAAACAGAUGAAUCUCUCUCGUACUGGGUUGAGUUAAUUAGUGCUUUAGUGGGCUUUACACGGGGAUGCAUAGAUAUACAUUUUUUCUCACCUGGGCUGGGCGGGCCAUGGCCCGGUUUUGCCCCAAGGAAGCUCCGCCAGUGAUGUGUAGGAUGCACGACUCAUAUUAAUCUGAUUCUUAUUCUUGAAAUAAUCUAGCAUAUCAAAUAAAUUGUGUUCGCUUGCAAUAAUUAGUAAUUCAUUUUGUCGCUAUGCAGGCGAUGCUUACAGGAGGACACGGGGGGCGGCGCCGCGAGGGUCUGUGAGGGGGCGUCCCGGAUCUUCUUCGAGGUGGUCACGGGGGGCGGCGUCGCGGUGGUCUUUGAGGGGCCGUCCCGGAUCUUGUUCGCCGACUCGCUCACGCGUCAAGGAGGAUGGAUAAUCGUGACUGGAUGUACGAUGGCAGAAUUGGUCCGUGGAAAUAUACUGAGGAAUGGGGAGAAAAGACCAAGCAGUUCGUGGACAGAGCGUUUGACAUCCCUAGCAGACCCAGGACAGUUUUUUGCCCUUGUAGUAAGUGCAACAACCAAAAAACACAGGACAAGGAAACUAUGAGUCUUCACCUGAUCAAGUCUGGGUUCAAACCGUCCUACAAGAUUUGGACUUUUCAUGGAGAAAAGGCGAAGAAACGUGCUAGGAAGGAGGUGCGGCAGAUUCAGCCUACGAGAGAAUAUGAUACUGGGUUUGAUAGGUGCCUAGAGAACUUGGCUAAUGGUAAUGUGCCUGAAAGCCCUCAUGUAGAGGCGGAGACAUCUAGGGAUGCGGAGACAAGUGAGGAGCCGGAGGAAAACACAAAGAAGUAUUACGAGGCUUUGUUUGCUUCGCAGAAACCCCUACACGUAAAUACAGAUGUUACCCAACUAGAUGCCAUCGCUCGCCUUUUGGCCUUUAAGUGCCACAGGAAUCUGUGCAGAGAUGGGUUCGAUGAACUUCUGGUCCUCGUUGGCAGCAUUCUGCCGAAAGGGCACCUCUUGCCGCAAAACUUCUACUAUUCGAAAAAAUUGCUCAGUGACCUCAAGAUGUCAUCUCAGCAGAUACACGCUUGUCCAAAGGGAUGCAUGCUAUUCAGAGAGGAGCAUGCUAACACAAACUAUUGCAUCCAUUGCAAUAGCUCUAGGUACUUUGAGGUUGACACCAAUGGUGAUGGUCAGAAGAGGCAGACCACGGUUGCCAAGAAUAUCCUCCGCUAUCUUCCAGUCCUACCGAGGAUCCAGCGGCUCUUCAUGACCGAGGAUACUGCCCAACAGAUGAGGUGGGCUCACCCUCCUCAGUACGUCGGGGAAGACAGGGCGUGCUUUCUUGCGAUGGUCAUAUGGUGGACAUCCCGCGAGUACGCCCGGAAGCACGAGGAGGGCAAGCAGAAGCGUUCAGAGAUGGGAGGUGGAUCACAUGUCCUGGGCAGCAAGAACUUGGCCCUUACCUUGCAGGAUGAGGUGAGCAAGUGGAAGUGA